UUUUAGCUGUCGUGGACGUGUGUCGUCUGUAUUUGUAAUUGGUGUGUGUUUUCCUGCUAUACUGGUGAAGCUCCUUUGCUCUGGUAUUAUCAACAUUAUUGCUUCAGGAACUCUUUCUCCAAGGAGAGGUGGGCCACAAGCCAUCGACCAAUGAAAACGGGUAGUAUCGUUUCCUGGAAGCGGCACCAUGGCAACGGCAUCUGCGAUUGGUCGGCUCUUUUCUCAGCGCCACUUCCGCUCGUGCAGUGCGAUGAUCCUGCUCAGGUUCCUGUUAACAGCGUUUCUGUCGUACACGAACGUCAACGCUGUCAACUGGCACGAAUUCAAGAAAAAGCAGCUGAAGUGGCCUCGUGAUAUCCGACCGGUGAGUGCCGAGAGCUUGCAUGGACUCGCCAAGGUACUCGAUGAAGACAGGGAAGACUUCAACGCCACCCUCGACAAGAUCCUCAUCCCCAGGGUUGUCGGUACUGUAGGAAGUCGUCAGGUUCGAGAGUACAUAGUGGAAUCCAUGAGAGAUCUAGGAUGGGACGUCCAAGAAGACGCGUUCGAAGCACGGACCCCUUAUGGUCGCAAGAGAUUUUCUAAUGUCGUCGCCACCUUAGAUCCGAUGGCGUGUCGGCGGCUCGUCCUGGCUUGCCAUUAUGACUCCAAGAUUCAUAGCGAGGGAACAUUCCUGGGUGCGACAGACUCAGCCGUUCCUUGCGCGCAAUUGAUAUACAUCGCUAAGUCUCUGAAUGAUAAGCUCCAAAAGCAGAAGCAAAGGCGCGAUGGCCUGACGCUACAGCUUCUGUUCUUUGACGGCGAAGAAGCUUUCGUCGAAUGGUCGUCGACAGAUUCACUCUACGGGUCACGACAUCUGGCGGAGAAGCUUCACACUCAUCGCAUUGGCCGCGAACAAAGGGAAACCCUUAACUGCACUACUGGCAAUGAAAUAGUUAACGAACUUGACCGUAUGGAAGUGAUGGUACUGUUAGACCUCAUUGGAACAGCCAAUCCAAAGUUUUACAGCUACUUCGGUGACACACAAAGCCUCUUUUCACGAUUGGUGCAAAUAGAACAACGAUUGAACGACGAUGGAAUGAUGGAAACGAGAGGCCGCACACGCUACUUUCAAGACAGUUCCAAGUUCGGAUUUGUAGAGGAUGACCACAUUCCAUUUUUAAAAAGAGGUGUUCCCAUCGUGCAUCUAAUUCCGAAUCCAUUCCCGAGCGUCUGGCACACCCUAGCGGACAACAGAGAGAACCUACAUCAUCCAACGAUCGCCAACUUGAACAAAGUCUUCAAAGUGUUUGUUGCUGAAUAUCUGAGCCUCUAACGGGGUUAUCAAGGUCGUCAACGAUUAAAGAACGUGAUAUGUAUAACCUCUGUUUAUUUGAGGUUAGGAAACGAAUUAAAUGGAUUUUUAGUUGUG